AUGUUGGGCAAGGCGGAAAAACUUUCCGGACCCGGCAGCAGGGUUGCAACGGACCGCAAAAUUCCCAGUCUAGAGGAUUUGGCCACGCCAUUUAGCAGUUUGGAUAAACUUAAAAAGGCUGCUGCGACCAGGUUGAAACUACAGCAGGACCAGGACAAAAGGAGGCAGGCGGUCGUGGAACCUACCUCGUCCGUGUCAGGUACACCCAACACACCCAAAACCACGAUAACUAGCGCUGGCACUUCACAAAAUCCCUCGGCUGUCCGUGGGACUACACCAGUGCCCAAGAGGAAAUGGGUGACAGUCCCUAUCCGCAGGGGUAAGAAGCUCGAAAUCCGUACAAAGACACCUGCAACGCGUCAUACAAUGGCAUCAUCGUUUUACGCAGGUCUCGCUGAGUGGCCUGAGGAAAAAGAUGUUUGUCUACCGACCGGGACACCCACCCCACCUGUCGCGGACACAGUUUACCUCACGGCUGAGACCUUCACCAAGCCGGUCGAGGUCUCCCAGACUUUGGCCACCGAGAAGAAUUUUGUUGCAUGUCCGUUCAUCGAAACUACCUAG